GUUGAACAUAUCACACAUAACCUAAUCAAAGUCUCAUUCCUUGGUUCCCAAGUACUCAACAGAAAGCUAUAUUUAUAGCCAAUUCUCAAUCCUUUCUUCAACUUGACAAGUGACAAUGACAAAGACGGAGGAGAUACAGAAGGACAAAGAGUGGUGCGACCAUUGUGUGAAGUUUUCCCAAGUCAAACGCGAAACCUACUCUAGUGGUUUUUGGUCCAAUUCUUGUAAUACAUGUGGAAGGAUUCUCUCAGAUUCAUCAUUAAGGGGCUUCCCACUCCCAAUAUCCUUUCGAGUGAGUAUGAAGAGGAAACACAAAAGUGGUUCCGGAAGAAGAAUAAAGAAGGCAGUGGAUAAGCAUAAUCAUGAUGAUAUGGAACAAGUGGAGAAAACACAAGGAUUAAAAUCAAAAUCCAAUGAUGAUAAAGAUGAUGAUGGAAUUGAUGAUACAGGAACAGAUUGUGCAAGUUCUGUAACUCGUUCAUAAUUUUUUCCAGUUUAACCAACUAGGAGUAUAGUCAAGUGGAACCAGUUGAAAAAUAGGUUAGUUAUUUUAUAGGAACUUCCCACUAUCUUAAUG